CAACUUAUCGUGGGCGUGUUUCGCGCCACGUGGUCUCGCGCACGAGAAUUUCAUUCGAACAAGGCAAGAAUCUGUCGCAUUUGGCCACAACACAUAGAAAAGGGAAGGCGUGCAAUAACAUCAUGGCAGAACAGGCAAGGGAAUAUGUGUGGGCCUGUGAACUAAGCAAAGAAAAACCCACAUUUGUGUUUUCCUUCAAAGAAGAGGAUGAAGAUGAAGAUUACCUCAUUCACACGUUAUUCCUUAAAAAUGCAGUCCUGGGUGCCUCAGCGGUGGAAAGCGAGAGGAAUUUGAUCCAGAUGGAAACCAAGGACUCCAACAGGAAAGACCUAAAGGCCCCCAUUGUCUCCCUGACCCUGGGCAAAAAGGACAUGUGUGCACUAGAUUUAAGUUUCGGAGAAGAGGUGACGUUUAGACUGGUGGAAGGAUCAGGGCCUGUCUUCCUCUCUGCCCAGGAACUUGUGGAAUACCCGGAAGAUGGAAACCUCAGCCAGGAAGAGGACACGGAAGAUUACACAGAGACGGAAGAGGACGAGCUGAAAGGAACGGAGGAAGAAGACGAAGUGGAGUCGCCCAAGAAGGAGGCCAAAAGUAAGAAGAGGAAGGCAUCGGCAGUCAAGGGCAAGGGCAAAGCCAAGAAGAAAAAGAAGGCAACCGAAUCGGAAAGUGAGGAGGAGGAGUCUGAGGAUGAAGACGAGGAGAUGGAGAGUGAGGAGGAAGAAGAGGAAGAUGACGAGGAAGAGGAAGAAGAGAGCAGUCCAGAGAAAAAGAAAAGUUCAAGAAAGGACAGUGCGAAGGGUGGAAAGAAGGUAGCCAAAAAGGGCAAAGUUGUCAAAAAGGGCAAAAAAUAAUCUCGGGAGAGCCUAACCUAGAAAUGUUUUGUUUGAAUUAUCUAGUGCUGCAUAAUAAACAUGUUCACAACU